CUGAGUUAUAACUCUGCAUUAAUACAAUGCAAAGUGGGUAUAUAAAAAAGAAACAAAUCAAACCAUAGGUGGUGCAGUUUGGUGCACCUGUGUUUGAGAACAUAACUGACAAAUAGGAAGACAUGCUAAAACUCUGUAAUUCUAACAAAAACACUUUUCUUGGUUGGUUCUGAGAGAAUAAUCAUGGACUUCCGAAGACAGAUCAGCUGUCAUGCCAGUUCUUAACCCUAAUGCUGCAGUGACAGCAGUUGAAGUACAAUGAGCUUGCCACCUCUUGGGUUGCUUAAUUCAUCACAGAAAAAUCACACUCAUGGUCAGCUCCAUGGAAUUAUGCUCAAUAGGACUUUUGUGAUGUCUUCUUUCUCUUUUUGUAACUGAUUGCUGUAGUGUCAGUCAGAAGAGGAGGCAGGCUAGAGGAAAGCAGAGUUUUCUAAGCUCUAGAUGUGGACAUUGGUUGAAAUAACUGCUGCAUCUACUUUGUAAUGAACCAGGUCUUCUAGUGCUUGCUCUUGUCUGGAAGAGCCCCUGAAAGCAGGACAGGUGAUGACUGCAGCAUGUUAAAAAAAACGUGCUGGGUUGGUUUUGAUUCCAAUUCAUUCUGUCUGAAUCAAAUCUAAUUUUAAAAAUGGGAGGGAUCUCUUGAUCUUCAUUUGCACAUCAAUGUCCAGUAGAAAGAGUAUAACCAUAAAGCCUGAGGACUGUGAACCAUAAACAACAGGUUUUAAAAGAUACCCAUAAUUUGGUGAUUUUGCCAUGUUGUGCUCGUGCCCAGCAUUUACCACCUCAGAAAAUGUACUUUUUGUUGCUCUUAAACUUGUCUCUGUAAUUACUUCAAAAUGUGCAUCCUGAGCUCUGAAUGACUGCAGUUCCCUACAGAUUGUCAGAAACUGGAGGCAACAGAAAAGUACAAAUGAGAGUAGUUGGUCAGCACUUCUGAUCCAGCUGCCAGUUGCUUUUGGUUCUUACCAAUUAAGGUAUAGAAUGGCUUUUCUGUAUCUUAUUUUCUGCCUUCAAACAGAACACUCUCCUAAAAGGUGAUCCCUGCCAUAUUGUUCUCUUGAAUUAAAUUACAGAAAGCAAUACUUUUAGUCCUUAAAAUCCAGUGUUAAAAUAAAAUUUUCAGGAGUUCCGAAGGUCUCAUUGAGCAUAUAUUAUGGUUGCCCAGACUAUACCAACCUGCUAGCUCAAAUCUCAUCCCAAAUAGUACCCAAGGAGAGAAAAUCUAGAUUUCUUUUAUAUCAAAAAUAGGCCUGCAUAUUUACUGUUAAAAUUAAGUGCUGCACACUUUGGUUUGUGCCUAAGAAGAUGAAGUUGAAUUUGAGUAGCAGUUUGGAAUGAUGUGAUCUUGUAAGCCACACACUCAGGCUUUAGCCCUUGAAGUGCCACAUUAACUCUCUUUUCUCCAGCAACUGUAGUCCCACAGUUGCACUUUUAUUGGAUAUCUCUUGUGUAUCUGCAGCAUUUGCUUUUUGCUUCCUGGCAUACUUGCUUACAAUUCUUCAACUUCCCUGUCUUACUUCCCCUCUCUCACCCACCAAGGAAACUUGUGAUUUUUUUUAGUUUUGAGACAAAAUGGAAUAGAAAGGAUUAGUAUGGAAUUAGCAAGCAUAGAGAAGAAAGAAAUGGAAUGGAGCAUGCUGGACUAUUGAUCAUCAUUAUUUUCAAUGGACUUAAUGGAUAUGAGUAAACAGGGGUAGACUUUUUAAAAAAUUGUAUUAACUUCUUUUCUAUUAAUUUGCUUGAGCUGUAAAAACUGCUUUUUCUUUUUAAAACUGCCUUUCACAAUGUCUCAGCUUUCCUUGGAUAGUGAUGAUUGUUCUUCUGGAGCAUCUAGUUAAUUUUGAUUCAUCUCCUUUACUCCUGUAUGACAGAUACUGAUUACAUGGUGCUUUUUCAGCAUUAGCCUGUAUUUAAGGCAGAGUGGUUGCCCCAACAGGGAAGGCUAAAGGUAAAUUAAAGAUUAUCUUCAGGAGGUACAAUGUUGAAGCCAAUGGAUGAGUAUUUGAGUGAUUUACUAUCACAGACUAAUAGAUUAACACAAUUCCCUAAAGGAAAUAAAAAAUAAAUGCAAUGAAUGGGCUUAAAGCUGAGUUGGAAUGUUCUACCACUGUCUGAUCUCAUGAGGUGAUCCACUUUCUGAAGGUUAAACUCCAGGACACGUACAUGGGUAUUGAGUGGCUUUUUUCUUUGUGACAUAUUGUCGACACACUUUAAAGACCAGAAACAGAAUUUUAGAGUUUACAUCUUCAUGUUUGCUAUCUGUGCUGUUAGUGGCUAAUAACAGUUUAAAUAGAUAGUAUUUGUUUUUCAGACUGUUUUGCUCAGCUAUUUCAGAGUGAUUGUUAAAUUCCUGGUUUAUUUUAAAGUGUUGUAGUGAAAGGUGGUCUUUGGAUACCUUCUUGGCUGUUUGCAUUCCCCAUGACUUAUAGCUGACCUUGUUCACAUUCUUGCUGAAGGCACUGAACUGAGCAAACCUUGCACUGGCUGGUUAAUGUCAGGUCAGGUGUGAACACCCUGCACUUGUUUAGAAGUUUUCAUGCACUGAAAGAGAAUCUCUCUUAAACAAAAUGCUUGUGUUUUGUUUACCUCAGUUAGAAACAGCACUCAGUUAAAAUCUGAAGUCUGAUAAAAGAAAAUGACCCUGCAUGUAGCUAAAGGUAUGUCCUUGUAUCUCUUACUGUUGUAGGAAACUUUUGCCUCAAAUUCUUCUGACUUGCUUUUUGUCAGGUGGGGAAAUCUGAAUAGAAACACUGGUGCAAACGAGGCAGCAGUAGACUAAGCCAGCUGUGCUGUGUGACAGGCCUGCAGCUACAUUCGUGGUUAUUCCAGAACCAUAGAGAAGCUAGAGAGAUUUAAUACUUGUUACUCUGAGAGUUUCUCCUUAAUUUUGGUUUUAGUAAGAACUGUGAGUUCAUUGGUGUUCAAGGAAAAGAAGAGGAAAUCUUUGCUCCUUGGUUAGUGCUGUUAAUAUGAAGAUCUAAGGAAAAUUCUGUUAAUACCCUUACUAAAAUUAGGACAGGCUAUCUCUGUUGAAACAUACCAGAAGAAAAUCUUGAAUGAAUACCCAAAACCGUGCUUCUCCGACCAAAAGGCCUGUGAAUUGAAGCAGGUCACUUUUAAUUCCUCAAAAGGUCACUUGCCCACAGUCAACACUUGCAAAGGACAAUGCUCUCAAAAGCAGAGUGGCCUGUAUUGCCUGCAGACCAGCAAGUGAAUUCACAACACUUCUUUUUAAGAACUAAAUAUAAUUAUAAGAUACAGUAUCUUUCAAAAAUAAUGAAUUAAAAUGGUAUAGUAGUAACUGUGCAUUCGAGAUAACUCUGUCAGUUGUCAUUGAGUGAUUGUGGGUCCUGGAGUGGCUUAUCAGUACAUGCAAACAGUGUGAUACUGAGCAGUUGUGCAAACAAAGCUGAGCCUGUCACUGGCAAGCAGUAAAGUGUAUGAUGAUGUCAUAUUGCUUUUAUUUGUUGAUGCUUCCUGGCUCUGCUGAGGGUCUCCAUACAUGUGUGGAGUAUCUGUAAUGUUUCAAAUAACUGGCAAUGGUUUCUCUGUUUCAGUGAUGAGGUGGAUUUUUCUAGCGUUACUUUGUUUUAAUAAACCACUAGAUAAAACAAUUGCAAUUAGAAUUUAUGAAAAAAAGUUUACCUUGACCUCAGGUGUUAGCUGAUUGUCAGUCAUGAGGAAUCUGUGACCUAUCUGUGAUCUUUUCCUUUCUGCUAACAAGGGAAGAUAGUCAUGUGGUCCUACAGGCAAUUGGAGCUGAUGUCUUUCCACUAAAACCAAAGGAAUUGUAAGGCUGAAGAACUCACACUUUUCACUUCACUAAUUUGAGUGAUCUGCUAAUAUUUCUCAGAGAGCAAAAAACUUACUUCCUCUGCUUCCUGAAAUUACAGUUUGUGAUGUGGGUUUCUUUAGCUCUGUCCCUUGAAGAGUAAAUCUUGGUAGAUGCAAAAAGUAUUUGAUAUCAUGACAUAAUUCUGUUAAUCUAUGUCAUCUCUACUGAUCUUUCAGAGACAAACCAGUUUUUCAUGUGUUCUGGCUCAGCAUACUGAUGUUGCAUCUUUUCAUGGAGCUAGAUAAGUUUUUACCCGUGAAAACACAGCCCUCUGAGGCUGCUCCACACAUUCCAAUUGCCCUGACCCAGAGCAGUUGGUUCGUAGAGCUGCUUGGUGAGAGCUGGCAGAGCUCCUUUGCAAAUACCAUCUCCAGCACCCCAGGGUCAUGUGCAUGGGACUGGCAGCCCUCCCUGAAGGAGCCCGUUCCCUGCGAGCACAAAGGGUCUGUGAAGAGCCAUGUGUCAGGACCCCGCUCUGUGUGUGUGUGCCCUGCUGUUCAAACCAUGGCCCAGAGUGUGCUGGGGGUGCUGCUCAUCUGAACCAACCUGCAGUGCCAUCCUUUCAAUGCCACGAUGACUUCAUGGAACUUUCUGCAGUGUCAAAUGGCGCUGUUAAAGCCUCACUGUGCCUGGGUACCUCAGGUGCAGGAGAGGGACUAAAGGCUCUUAAUGUAUUAAAAUGCAUGUACAUAAGAGCAGUGUUUCAAAAAUUUAUGUUCGAAGUUUAAGUCCAUAAGCGCCCACAUUGGUAAGCAUUAGUAAGCAGUAAAUAUUUAAAUAUAAUUUUUUAUAAAUGGCAGAACCUGAUAGGCAAAUUUGACUUUUUCACAGAACCCCUGUGGUGCUGUUUGGCAAAGAUAACACGUUGUUUCAAAGUAUCCAUAAACCCCCAGAUUAGUCAGGACGUGCAGGUUUAUAUAUAUAAAAAUAUAUAAAUAAUAUUAAAUUAUAAUAUUUAUUAAAAUAUUAUUAAUCACAAAUAAUAUAAAUAGAUAUAAAAUAUAAAUAAGAAAUACUGUGUUCUGUAUUUUAACACCAAGCCAACAUCAUGUGGGACAUCCAGUCUGAAGCUGUAACCCUUAGGAGCACUCAUGUUUGAGUGUCCUUUACCUUGUCCUUCACCCAUUUUUUGUUCCUGAACAGAAAGAUCCUGGAAGUUCUGCAAUGCAAAAGUUGUGGUUUUGCCUACACAUUCACAGUGCCUGUCCUUCAGUAGUAUCAAGAGGACAUGAGUGUAUCGAACUUCAGUGUGACUGUCUUCAGUAUGUUUUGUUUUGGCUCAUAAAAAUAUUUUGGUUUUUUAAAAGUGUAUUAGAUUUUUUUAAAGUUCCAGUCCGCAGAAUAAGAGAAGUGGCUGGAGAGCCCAGACCUUGCAACCUUGUGACACUUCCCUGGAGUCAUUUGAGGAGAGAAAACAAUAUUGUUACUUAUUGCCUAGGAAUGCUGAAAUUCUCAACUCGACUGAAAAAAUGAGCACAAAUGUGGAGGGUGAUUAUAGCCCACACAUUUCUUUGUGAUUCACACCUUAAGUGUGUCUUACAGCCAGUAUGACUCUGCAGUGAGGGGAAUAAUCUGUUCGUAGCUGUUGAUGAGCGUGGUCUUGGUGGGAGGUAGGGGCAGAACGCGAGUCAAUAAAAAUGCCAAAACAAUCUUCCAGUAACUGUUUCAUGUUGCAAGCUUACAGCUGGACAUCGUGAUUACAGGAGCAGCAUGAAGCAGCUGAACACUUUGCCAAAUUUGUGCUGUGCCUGUUAAGGAUGGUGUGGCAGAAAGGAGCUGUUGUGCACUGUGAAACACUGUUGUGCAAAGCAGAUGUUCCUCCUCUUCAUCUUUGUAUAACAAAAGUAAAAUGCCCUUAGAGCUGGGGUUGUUGAGUGAAGGACUGUGUUAUUUGGGGCUGAGCAGGGAUUACUCACUGCAAAGUUACCUAAGCCCUGCUCCACUGUGGCUGUGUGCACACACCAGUGCUCCCAGUUUGGAGUUGGCUGCCCAGUGUUCUGAGCCACUGGUUACAAUUAUGUGGGUUCAGGUUAUUACCAGACCUUUGCUUCUGCCCUGUGCACCUUCUGAAUCCUCCUCUGUCAACCAGAAGGAAUUGUCCACUCGCGCUGUGCUUUGCUGGGCGAGCAGCUGGGCAGGGGCUGUGUUGCUGGCUGUUGGCAGCAUUCGGGGAGCACAGUGCAGCACUGGUGCUCUCACACUGUGUUGCUUUGGGAGGAAUAACUGCAGGGAGGACAGCUGGGGAGUCUCAUGUCAAUCUUAUAUCUGUGUGCUGCCUUACAGCUUUCAUGCUGCAUUUCUUUCGCUCUAAAUCUUUCAAAGAAGGGAUCUCAUAGCUGUUUUGUAAUAAUGCCUUCUGGCAUACCAGCUUGCUUAAAUGUUUCUGUUCUUUUAAUAUUUAUUUCUGAAUUUCCUCAGGAAGAAUAGCCUAACAGCUUGAGAAAUACGUAUGUUGAGAUUUCCUAGCUGAGUCCUACUGAUCCUGUUUGUUGGCAGCUGCAGCUGAAAUUGUUGCUGUCCUUGUGUAGGAGAGCAGAUGGAUUAAAGCCAUGUGUAAAUGUGGGCAAAGAUCUGGAAUUUAACCCCAGAUCCCCUUUCUUCAGUACGUGGCCAACUAGGUUAUGCACUGACAGCUUCACCACAGUGGUGUAACACCAGCAGUGUUUGUCAUCCCCAAACUGCAGUCUGCCUCCUAAAUAUGCUUCUAAUCUUGCAGACUGGCACCAGGUCUCUGCAUGCCAGAAGGUGAGUGACAGGGUACAGAUUAAAACCCUGUGAUGAAGCAGAGCUUAUGAAGUGCUGUUUGACAAAACCUUUCCAUGAUAUUGAGAGUGCAGCUACAGUCUCUUAAAUGGCAUUUCAUACCUGCUGCAGCCUGCAGUCUGGAAUCAGGAGAGGGCCUGAAAUGUCAGACAAAUCAUAAUCUACCCUCUGUGUGAAACCUAAAGGUGGAAGGCUUUUUCUCACCUUCUAAAAAUAAUUUGACUAAACUCAAGAAAAAAGGAAAUACAGUUAUAUAUGUUUUUGUUUUAAGACUGUCUGGUUUUCCUGUUGGAAGAAAUUAAUUAGAGUUCAAUUUUAAAAGCAAUAUUCUUAUGCUCAGAAUGUAAUAGAUAUGAAGGAUUUUGCUACAAGACUGAACACUUGGGUUGUUUAUGGCAGGUGAUGCGAGUCCUCAUGAGUUUUCUACUAGGAUUGCAUACAGGAAGUAAUUUCCUAUAUUAUAUAUAGGAAGUCUGCUUUCAAGAGGUAAAUCAAAAGACGAAGUAUGGUCCAAAAAAAAGCUUUAGGUUGCCCUUGCUUAAUUCUUGAUACUGCUGCAGUUUUCUGAAAAACCCUCCAGUAAAAACAGGGCAGUCACAUAAUUUUUCCACUGGGGCAUGGAGGGAGUCAGAUCUACUUUCCACAAGAAAAACAAGUAUAAAAUGAAUUUUUUUCCAUUUGUGGGUUACUUUCCUUACCUCAGCAUACUGAAGUAAAGCAUGUCUGAAGGGAUUUUUUUCUUCAGUGAAAUUACUCAAUACAAAUUAUGGUUUCUUUCUAAGGUGUUGCUUUACUGCCAGCUCAGCUCAGUCUCUGUUCUGCCAUAGUUUCUUACCAACAGAAACAAUUUUAGAGGCUUUUGCUCUGUGUGCCUUUCCUGUUGUAAAGAAUUUUAGUGUGUUUAUAGAGGUUUGGAUGCAACACACAAACCAGUAUCUUUUGAAGUUCAUCCUUUCAUUGUGGAACUAACAAAAACUAUUUGUGGGUUAAAACAAAUGCUUCUCAAGAUUAAUGCUAUUUGUUUAAAUCUAUUUGUAUAAAAACCUUUGAUUAGGGAAAAGAAAAGAAAUGGAAGCUACAUUUCUUUAUGCCAGAUUUGUGUUCUUCUUGGGCAGACAUUUCAGUGCAAUCCUGAUCUAACAGGAAUUGUCAGCUUGGUGCAAAGCCGUGGGAUGUCAGCUCCAACCAGACCCUAUCAUCUCCAACUCAUUCUGAACUGAAUCUUUUCAAGAAUCGUGUGAUGUUUUAAAUUCCUGAUACCAUAUCUCUGCAAAAAUGAGGGUUGAAAUGCACCUCCAAAAAAUAGGCCUUCUCUUUGAGAAAAAUGAACUCAUGAGAUAUGCAUGUGAUACAAAUAUGCUUGAGCAAUUUCUGUAGAAUAUAAGCUCUACAAAAGGUGGUGUCUUUUUUAGCUUUUAGGAAACAUUUCUGUCUGAAUUUGCAAUUGUCAAGGUGGCAUGGUUGAAAAGAUUUUCUGCUGUAAAGAGAUGAAACAUCAGCUCUCUAAACACCUUGGCUUAUCUAAGGAAGCAAGUUGAGACAAUUGUUUUAGAGCCCUCUGAACACAGCAAGGGACCUGCAGAAAUUCUUUGCAAACUCUUUUGAUAUUGUCUCACCCUAAAGAGUGCCAGACUCUCUUUCACACUUCAGAAGUGUGAGAAUUUUGCUUAUCUUGGAGACUAAAGAACCUAGCAGAUAAAUUGAGAUGGAAAUAAUAAUGAAAAAAAAUACUGUGUACUCUUCCAGAAAAUGGAUACAUUUGUGUUUGAUGCAGUGGCAUUACAAUUUUGUUCCACUUUCAGAAUCUGAUUUUGUUCAGCACUGUGUAAAAUAUUCAGACAUUUUUUACAACCUCUGUAGAGUCCUUUCCUUAUGCAGAACAGCUUCCUCAUGGCACCCUUGCUCUGCACAUGGGUGCUGUUCCCCUUUUCCACUGCACUGAUCAACAUUUGGUGCCAUUCCUGGCAAUCAGCAGCCCUCCAUAAGUCAGAGUUAAACUGGUGGAGGUUUGGAAGAGGGUUUGGAGGUAAUAAAGUUCCUGUUUUAAAAUAAAGCUGGAAAUGGCAGAUUGGAUGAGAUUCUGUCUGUUCAGUUUUACUACCACAUCAUGGAGAAAGAAGUCUGGUCUUUGGUCAGAAAUUUUCCAGGUCCAGAUUUGGACUGGGCUUAUCUUUGAUAUUAACGUUCUAAGCUAGUGGUGGAGAAAUGAGAAUGAGGAAAAGAAAAAAAAAUAGCAUUGACUAUUGCUUUCAGCUUCUAAACUUUAAUGAAUUUAAUCCCAGAUAGAGGAGUUUGGGAGAAGUCAGGCUAUACAGAAGCACUGGCAUAAUUGAUGGGUUGCAAGCAAAUACUGAAAUCGUGCAACAUAUAGAAUAUGCAUUCCCUUUGCACUGGGGUCUGUAGAAGUGUUUCACUGAAAGAAGCUGCUGCCAGCAAGACACCAAGUGGGCUGUGUUACUGCCUUUUUUGGUUCUUAGGAUUCUGAAAUGGGAACAGGAAAGUUUAAACAAAGCAGACAAUUUAUCAGAGGCGUAAUUUUUUUUUUUAAUAUGUUUUGUGCCUGAGACAAAGCAUUACUGUUGCUGAGAUCUUGUGGCACCCAGUGACUGAUAGGGGACUGAAUCAGUGCUCUUUCUGAAGUGCUUUGUAAGUUUGAGAUACUUCAUUGGGUGAAACUUCUGCCUGUCAGGGAAAUGCUUCAUUGGACAGUGUGCCAGCAGUGUCAGCUUCUGUGCGUUGCUUCUUCAGUACUGAAAGAUAAUGAAUAUGUACACAUGGACCAAACUUCUGAGUGCAAUGGUAUUUUUCUGUGCUCAGCAUGUUUUUGCUCUUGCUUACAAAGAAAUACUUCAGCUGCUCUGGGGUGUUAUUGUGGAAGAACUGGCUGACUUGGUACAAUCAUUCAGUCAUUGUGAGUAUGCAGUCAUUGAAGAGAGGCUGGGGAGUGCAGCUAAUCAAUAGAAGCAGGCUUUUGUUAAACAUUUGUUUUUCUUCUCGUGCUUGUUUUCUGGAAUCUCCUCAGUAGUGUUGGCCCCUGAUGGUAUUUACAUUUGUAAAUUCUUCUGAGUUCCCAGCCUUGCUGUCGGUGAGCAGGACAUAGCAUGUGGUGAGACUCCACUCUGCAGGCACAGCCCCAGCAUCAACAGCUGUUUGCUCCUCUCUUAUCCCUCUUCCUUACAGUCUGAAUGUUACCUGUCUUUAAUCUGUAAGAACUGGUACUUCUGUGCUAAGGAGACUGCAUUUGUUGCUGCAACUGUCUGACUCUGGGACUUCUGUUUUGCAAGAUCACAUGCGCUCCGAUCAGGUAUCACAUGCUGUUGCAAAGCUAGUAUUAGUUAGUUUCCACUGGCAAAUCUCAGAGAUUUUGGAAAGGCACAAGUCUAAUGCUGCCCAGUUGCUAGUAGAAGCUCGAGUUCAGCCCACCUCAUCCAAACAUGCAAUGGUACAUUCCUCCCACCACUGCGCGGUGUGCAUGCAGUUUGUCCGGAAGGAGAACUUGCUCUCCCUGGCUUGUCAGCACCAGUUCUGUCGCAGCUGCUGGGAGCAGCACUGUACAGUGCUCGUCAAGGAUGGGGUUGGAGUCGGGGUGUCCUGCAUGGCUCAGGACUGUCUACUCCGGACACCAGAAGACUUUGUGUUUCCAUUGCUGCCUAGUGAAGAGCUGAAAGACAAAUACAGGCGCUACCUCUUCAGGGACUACGUGGAGAGCCAUUACCAGCUGCAGCUGUGUCCUGGUGCAGAUUGCCCUAUGGUCAUACAGGUACAAGAGCCAAAAGCCCGGCGAGUGCAGUGCAAUCGAUGCAAUGAGGUCUUCUGCUUUAAGUGUCGGCAGAUGUACCACGCACCCACAGACUGCGCUACCAUUCGGAAAUGGCUCACCAAGUGUGCAGAUGACUCUGAAACAGCCAACUACAUCAGUGCUCACACUAAAGAUUGUCCCAAGUGCAAUAUCUGUAUUGAAAAGAACGGAGGCUGCAAUCACAUGCAAUGUUCCAAAUGCAAGCAUGACUUCUGCUGGAUGUGUCUGGGAGACUGGAAGACUCACGGCAGCGAGUACUACGAAUGCAGUCGGUACAAAGAGAAUCCUGAUAUUGUAAACCAGAGUCAGCAAGCACAGGCCAGGGAGGCCCUUAAGAAGUACUUGUUCUAUUUUGAGAGGUGGGAGAAUCACAAUAAAAGCCUACAGCUGGAGGCACAGACAUACCAACGAAUCCAAGAGAAAAUCCAAGAAAGAGUUAUGAACAACUUGGGAACAUGGAUAGAUUGGCAAUAUCUACAGAAUGCUGCAAAACUACUUGCAAAGUGUCGUUACACCCUGCAGUACACAUAUCCAUAUGCCUACUACAUGGAGUCUGGUCCCAGAAAGAAGCUGUUUGAAUACCAGCAGGCCCAGCUGGAAGCUGAAAUUGAAAAUCUCUCAUGGAAGGUGGAGCGAGCAGACAGCUAUGACAGAGGGGACUUAGAGAAUCAGAUGCACAUAGCAGAGCAGAGACGGAGGACCCUGCUGAAAGACUUCCAUGACACAUAAGAGAGGAGGAAGUGACAGUGCAGGGGUGAGAGCAGCGAGUGAAGUGAUGGUAGCUUCACUGGGAUAAGCAGGCACUGCCUCUGGGAGAACACGGCCAAGGACAAAGCCACCCCUCCCCUUGCAAGUCAGACACAUGCAAACACCACCUCUUAGUCCAGUUUGUUCUCUUAUCUUUCUGUUUCUGUUUCUGCCAGGCUAGAGGCCAGAGCUCAGAUUGGCAUAUUCCCUGGGCCAUUUCCCUCCUGCCCUUGAUGGUUUCAGAAGGGGAGGGAGUUUUUUUCUGAAUGGCUGUUAAUAGUGUUAGAUCAUUACAGUUUAUGUAAUUUUCAACGGUUGUACAAUUAUACAGACAAACCUUAGAAUAACACAAAACCCUUUUUAAAAAUAAAUUGGCAGUGGAGUGUUUUUCCUUAAUCUGCUUGUAAAUUUAAUGGGCUUUUCCCCCUCUCCUUCUCCCUUCCUCUGACCCAAAAAUCCUCCUAGUCAUUGAAGGAGGUUAAACAAUCUCUCAGCUAGAUUUUCCGAUGCUCUUUUAACCAGGGCGUUGCAGCAUUGGCAUUGCAUGAGGAGAGUGGCUGGUGUUAAGGGUGGCUGCUGCUGUGUCUGGCCUGACAGUACCAGCAGUGGCUGUGAUUCAGUAUGAUCACAUGUGACAUCUCUUUUUCUUGUGAAUCAGCUGUGCAAAAUCCAGCUACACAAACAAAAGCAAACAGAGGAAUUGUAGGGGACAGACCGGGUUAACAUUGGGGGAUAUGCUUGAGUUUGAGAGAAAUUGAGAAAAAUCAGAUUCUGCAUUUGAUGAAUUUAGGUCUUCCAUGUAGAUUUUUGCUUUACUUGUUUUUGUGGGGAGGAUGUUGUAUUGCCAAAGUGAGUGAUGAGGGAGUAGUAGCAUACAGUUGUUAAUCAAGGCUUGGGGCUUUUGCAGUGUGAAAGGAUCCAUGUUAUAACAGUGCCAUGCAGCCUGAUAAAGAUUAUUUGUGCCUGCUGGGUAGCAUGGCUGAGAAAAAUUGAUCUCAUUCAUCAAAGUGAGACUAAACACCACUACAUUAUGAGGAGGAAAGAUUAUGUACAACACUCCCUGGCCUGUGUUGGCAAUGUGGACGGGCACUUGAAUACAGGUGCACUGCUUGUGCAGAGCCUGCACCAAGCCAGGCAGAAAACUAACUAGCAAAAUUAAUUUAUUUGUAUAUUAGUAUUGACGCUGGUGGGAACUUAUAAGAAAACUGAUUGUUAGGAGCAUGUGGAGCUUUUUUAUUAACAUUCUCUUUUCUAAUGUAAAAUAUACACAAAAAUAAAAAUAUGAAAACCUAGUUCAUCUUAGUAGGGGUUAACAUGAAAAAGGUUACUUAAAUGCUGUCUCUUGCCUGUUUGCUACAGGAAGCAGGCCAUAUAUUAGGAUUUCACAGAUAUCUGUGUCACUUGCACCAGGAGCUUGUUGUUUGCAGCCAGUAAGGUGCAGCUGGAGUCUGAUCUGACGAAAUUUUCACCUCUGUGGGGAACUCAUGGGAUUCUCUUCUAUGCUGUAUUUGGAAGUGUUGCCUUUGAUGCGUCCCUGUCUUGUUCUUAUGCAAUGUCACUUGAUAAAGAUUAAACUGGAGGGGGGAAAAGUGCUAAAUUCCUGCGUGUCAGAAUAAGCUAACUGCUGUUGGAGCCUCUUUCAUGUACCUGAGACGUGUGACCCAAGUAUUUGCAGCAGGUGUAAUUGGGCUCAUAGAUUUUAUCAAGACUGAUGCAUUAGUUUAAACAAGGAGUAGCUGUCAUAGGAGCUAAUCCUGUGGCCAUGCUUGUUGUACACAGCAGAAAAUUUCAAACUGAGAGGCCUUUUCCUUCCUCCCUCCUGUCCCUGGUGUGGGAUCUAUCCUCAGGGAACAAGAGAAUGCACUGCAAGGAGCUGCUGGCCAUGGAGUGAGUGUUACAGCAGAAGCAGCUGAGGGUAGGGCAGGCUUGUGGAGAGAUGGCUGCAAGUCAGGGAGCAGGGCAGGGAAGGGGGCUGUGGUUUCUGGGAGCAGCACUGCUUGCUGUGCCAGAGAUCUUCAUACCCAUGGCUCCUUAUGUUCCUGCUCUGUCCUGCUCUGGCUCCCCUCCAGGCUGGAGCUGUAGAAAUGGCUUUGGCCUUGCUCCAGCCACUGUCUUCAUUUCAUUCCUUACUCUGCACCCAGCAGCAGCCUCUCUGUGCCCUCCUCGUGAUAUAUCCUAGAGGUCAGUCUCUCUUCCUCUCCCCUUCCCAAAUGAUUGUCUUGGUAUGCUGCUUCCACAGAGGGGAUAGUGGAGGGAGGAAGGUUUGCUGAGACCCAGCAGUUUGCAGUGAACACAACCAAUGUUUAAACUACUCUUUAAAAAUGUAAUGUGCAAAGUACUGAUUAGGAUAAAAGCUGGUGUUCUUGUUGUCUAAACAUAA